AUGGCAGUGUCGGACGAUCUGGAGGAACUAAUGGCACGGUUUUGGUCCUGCGAAGAAGUGGGAGCCGUCAGCAAAUUCUCUUCAGAAGAAGCGCACUGUGAGGAGAAUUACGAACGAACAGUCAAGCGGGAAUCGGACGGACGGUACACGGUCACCCUCCCCAAGAACCCCGAAGUUUUGGCGGAAAUCGGUGAAUCGAAGGACAUUGCUCUGAGACGGCUGCGAGCGGUAGAACGAAGGUUGUCCAAGGAUGAGCUGCUUCGGAAGCAGUACAGCGACUUCAUGACUGAAUAUCUGGAGCUCGGUCACAUGCGAAUGGUGAAUGACUGCGAGGAGAAUAGAGUCAAGCGUUGUUUUCUACCCCACCACCCGGUGAUCAAGGAGUCCAGCACCACGACCAAAGUGAGAGUGGUCUUCGACGCUUCGUGUAAAACGUCUACGGGUGUAUCACUCAAUGAUGCACUGUAUGCUGGACCAGUCGUUCAGCAAGAUCUCAGGUCGAUCGUUCUCCGCAGUCGGAUUCGUCAGGUGAUGGUUGUAGCUGAUGUGGAAAAAAUGUUUCGGCAGAUCUGGACGAAUUUGGAGGACACUCCUCUACAAUGCGUUUUGUGGACUUCACCAGAUGGGAAGGUUUCCACAUACGAACUUCUAACCGUGACGUACGGCACCAAAUCUGCCCCGUAUCUUGCCACUCGGACCUUGAAACAGCUGGCGUCCGAUGAGCGGGACAAGUUUCCUUUAGCAGCACCAACUAUCGAAGAGGACGUGUAUAUGGACGACGUUAUCUCUGGAGCAGAAGCGAUCGAAUUGAGAAGGCAAGUUGACGCGAUGAUGAUCAGCGGUGGAUUCAAACUGCGAAAGUGGGCUUCCAACCGGCCGGAAGUACUACGAGGAAUUCCAAAGGAAAAUCUGGCGUUACCUGAUUCGAACGGCAUUGAUUGGGACCAGGAUGCAGAGGUGAAAACAUUGGGCUUAACAUGGCUUCCCAAUGUAGAUCAAUUCCGUUUCAAGUUCGAAAUUUCUCCAAUCACCGAGCAUCAGAUCCUCACGAAACGACAGGUGCUGUGUUUUACAGCGAGACUUUUCGACCCACUAGGCCUGCUUGGAGCGACCAUCACUUCUGCGAAGAUCUUCAUGCAGCGGCUUUGGUGUCUGAAGAACGAAGAAGGCCAAAAUCUCCAAUGGGAUGACCCACUACCCGAAAUGGUGGGUGAGGAAUGGCGAACAUUCCACGAGCAACUUCCUUCGCUGAACAAAAUUCGAAUUCCACGAUGCGUCAUCGGUCCAGAUUCAGUAUCCGUAGAAUAUCACUGUUUCUCGGAUGCCUCAACAGUCGCUUACUGUGCGACAAUCUACGUUCGGAGCCAGAGAGACGAUGGCGCAGUUUCUGUUCGCCUUUUGACCUCGAAAUCAAAGUUGGCACCGCUCAAGGUGCAGUCUCUACCUCGAUUGGAACUCUGCGGCGCACUUUUGGCAGCACAGCUUUGGGAAAAGGUAGCAGACUCGCUGAAAACAGAUGGCCGAGUUCAAUUUUGGACGGAUUCGACAUGCGUACUCCAUUGGAUAAGGUCACCACCAGGAACAUGGACAACUUUCGUCGCGAACAGAGUUGCGAAAAUUCAAGGUUUGACGGAAGCAGAUCAAUGGAGACACGUUCCUGGAGUUACAAACCCGGCUGAUCUGAUCUCGCGUGGAAUCUCGCCGAACAACAUCCUUGGGAACGAUAUGUGGUGGCAUGGACCUACCUGGCUGCUGCAAAACCCUGAAAGUUGGCCCAAACCCGUGAAAAACACCCCAGAAGAAGAGUUGGAGAAACGACGCAAUGUGGUGGCUUGUACUUCGUCGAAGGAAUCUGGGUUCAUUUCGGAUUUUUUAGCCAAAUUUUCAUCGUUUACGAGAUUGAUUCGGAUGACCGCAUACUGGUUGCGCUUCCUGAACAACCUACGGUGCUCAGCAGAUGAGAAACGGACAGGAUAUUUAACUAGUAGAGAACUGCAAGCUGCGGAGCAAACGAUUCUCCAGAAGGUCCAGGAAGAGUCGUUCCCGGACGAAAUCAGCAAGUUGUUGGCUGGCACACCUGUGGCUCGGAAUUCUCCUCUGCGAUGGUACAAUCCACAAAUGGACGAAAACGGCAUCCUACGAGUCGGGGGUCGAUUAGCUCAUUCCGAAGAGUCGCCGAGAACGAAGCAUCCGAUUGUUUUACCGGCAAGACACGCUCUCACUGAGUUGAUCCUCCAGCAUCAUCAUCAAAUGUACCUCCACGCUGGGCCACAAUUGCUUCUAGGUACGGUUCGGCAACGGUAUUGGCCACUAGGUGGCAGAAACUUGGCGAGAAAGGUCGUCCACGAAUGUCAGCGAUGCUUUCGUGCAAAACCGUCCGCAAUGCAGCAACAAAUGGGAGAAUUACCGGCAGCUAGAGUCACCGUUUCGCGUCCUUUCUCGAAAGCUGGUGUCGAUUUCUUCGGGCCUGUGUAUCUGCGAGCUGGUCGUGGACGGACACCGACAAAGGCAUACGUCGCAAUCUUCGUGUGCAUGGCCACGAAGGCCGUGCAUAUGGAACUAGUCUCAGACCUUUCUACGGAGCGGUUUCUACAGGCGUUGAGACGUUUCUUUGCGCGCCGGGGGCGCUGCACCGAUGUUUACUCGGAUAACGGGACGAAUUUUGUGGGAGCCAGAAAUCAAAUCCGAGAGCUGUUCGAUUUGCUGAAAGAGAAGACACAUCGUGAAACUGUCGCAAAGGAAUGUGCAAACGAAGGCAUAUACUGGCACUUCAGCCCUCCAAGUGCCCCACAUUUCGGGGGUUUGUGGGAGGCAGCAGUUCGAUCAGCGAAGUUCCAUCUACUACGAGUCGUCGGUAGCAAUCCUGUGCAUCAAGAAGAUUUCGUCACCUUGCUGACACAAGUGGAAGCCUGCAUGAAUUCUAGGCCAAUGACGUCACUCUCAGACGAUCCUCUAGAUUUGGAGCCGUUGACGCCGGCACACUUUCUGGUUGGAGGAUCUCUGUUAUCCAUGCCUGAUCCUGAUCUCAGCGAUGUCCAGCUUAAUCGUCUGACGCGGUUCCAAUUUGUGCAGCGGCAGCUUCAAGAUUUCUGGAGACGCUGGCGACGCGAAUAUUUGUCCCAGCUUCAGGCCCGAUCAAAACAUUGGCAACCAGCAGUUGAUGUUCAGGUUGGAAGAUUGGUUGUGGUAGUUGAGUCGAAUCAGCCACCUACACAGUGGAAGAUGGGCCGGAUUCAGGAGUUGCACCCGGGCGAAGAUGGAGUCACUCGAGUGGUCACAGUGCGAACAUCUACUGGCAGUUUGAAACGACCGUUGGUCAAACUCUGUUUGUUACCAAUGCAGGAUCAGAAUGAAUAA